CCCCUCCCCCCCUCUCUCUUCAAAUCAUUCCCAACCCCAGACCCCUUGUCUCGGUAGUCUCCGCUUUCCCCGCAAUAUUAGGGCCAGGGGGGUAUGGCUGGAAUGUCCCGGACCAUCGCGUCCCUUUUCCCCCUCUUCACCUCUUGACGCCGGGUCUUAGUUUGCAGUCCUUUUAAAUCGGACCGCUUCGGAUCAGGCCGAUAGUGUUGAUAGCCUUCAACGCCGAUCCUGCAUGGAAGUAAUGAUGAUGCAAGAUGGCCAUGGAGAACGACACCAGGAGCGGGCCAUCAAGGAAGCGGUUUAGAACAUCCCACGCAUGUGACCUGUGCCGGUCCAGAAAAAUAAGAUGUGACGGUAAUACGCCAUGUGCGGCUUGUGUCGCAACUGAAAACGACUGCACUUAUGGAUCUGAAGCCAACUCGAGGGGAAAGAGUGAUCUCAUCCUGGAAGGGGUGUUGCGUGUUGAGAAGUAUCUUCACGACUUGAAUGCAAACAUUGCAGCAUCGCCACACUUCGUUAAUCGCAGUUCUUCUCAUCCUGUACUGUCACCCGCGGUCGGCUCGUCAGUUGGUAGAAGGAACCUCUUCGGGGGCUCCUUCACAGACCUGCGCAUUACACCUCGGCCUACCCUCUGUCCACAUCCGGACGAGCUAGACAACGCUAACAACCUGGAGAAUGCUGUUCUCGAAUCACGGCAUACUUCUACAACGGAGUCAAUACUACAAUGGCCCCAUUUCGACGUCUUCCCCAGUCUUCGCAAGGACUACACCUCCAUCUCCCACCUUGAGCAGUCUCGUCCUCGCAUCAAGACGAAGAAAGGAAACAUCCAUCCGUACGUGACAGAAGAAGAGGUUGACAGCAUUUUGGAUGCCUUCGAGCAUGCCGUCAACUUCUGGUAUCCUACAGCGUCAAGCGAUCAGCUACAUAAUGCUCGGGCACUUAUCACGAACGUAAACUUUGACGACCACGAUGAGCUCCGCGUCUGUCUUGCUUUACUCGUCAUGGCACUGGGUUGUGCAAGCAAGGUGACGGCAGGCUUGAUGGAAAGCGCUGCUGUCCCUGAGAGCGAACGGAGACGCAGAGCAACUUAUCGUGCAACGGGCGAUAUGUAUUUCGAGAGUGCGCUCAAGAAGCUUUACGUUGCCCACAUGGAUGUCGACUCCAUAGCCACACAGUGUCUUUUCUUCGUAGCUCUUUACUUCGCCUUCCUUCGCCGUCCCCUCCAAGCAUGGGAGUAUAUUUCCGCCGCAGCCACCAAGUGUCUCCUUCUCCUUUCAUACUCUUCCCGAGAUUCCACUUCCGAAGAUCAAGAACGUAUUCGCCGCAUCUUUUGGUCCUGCUACAUCCUCGAAUCUGAUUACUUAGCUGAGCUCUCCAACUUGCCACUAUCAGGUAUUGCGCGUAUUGAAUCCUCAGUUCCGCUACCAGGUGCAGGGUAUAGCACGCAUUCGAACGCCCAAGAGGAGGAGCAAAGCUCCUUGUACUUUUUGGCUUGCAUCUCGAUGAGGAGGCUGCUUAAUCGAGUACAUCAACUACUGUAUGCGAGGGGAACAGGCGCGAGUUUGGAUGAUAAGCGGUUCCCUGGCAUUGUGAAGGAGCUGGAUCAUCAGUUGGAUGAGUGGAGGACUGUGCUUCCAGAAGCCUUUGCUUUCGAGGUUGAGUGGCCGCCAGUCGGUGCGAAGCACAAUAUCACCGGAGUAAAGACGGAGCAUGGGGGGUUCCUGAGGCAAAGGUAUCUCACUUGUAGGAGCGUCAUCUACCGGCCAUAUCUUAUGUGGAUGUUAAGCAGUUCGAAUGCCGGCUCCAACCCUGUCACUAGCCCAAUCAUAACAACCGGUGGAUCCCGUGGCGUCCAAGGUCCCCUGGCCUCCGUUCCAACAAGCAGCACGGCCGUCGGCGUGAACAGUACCACUACCCCGUCAGCUAUGAACAUAAAGCUAGCGGAACACGAAGUCCUAGCUAACUGCAAGUCUUGCCUGGAUGCAUGUUUGCUUCAUAUUUUGAACCUUAGGGGGUUUUCUCAGACCUUAUUAGUUGAUACGUGGGUCUGUUCACUUUCAAUGGCAGGCGCAAUGCUUGUUCUCUUAGCCGCCUGCCGCAUCUCUUUGCUCAAAGACCUCAUCGGGCCCGAUAUCCUCCAAGCGGGAAGCCACUUGAGGGAAUCGUUAGUAGGAUGGCAGAAAGUGCAAGGAGAUCCGAGCUCGCCCAGCGUGGAUCAAAGUGUGCAUAUUAUUGAGGAGGCCGAGAGGUUCAUCAGACAGGUCUAUAAGGGUGGGAAGGAUGAAGAGGAAGGCCGCAUUGAGGAGUAAGAUGGCAAAUCGCAUGGACCGCGAGAAGAAGCCGAUCUCAAAAAGAGAGAAUAUUGACCAAAUUUCAUCAAAACGGCAAGAUGGCCGAGCGGUCUAAG